GACGCGGGGCGGGCACAAAAGCGCCGCGCCCGGACACGCCGCCUUGGAGUCGGCGCCGGGGGCCGGGUGGGGUCAGUGGGCCGGAGUUCAGCGCUUAGCGGUGCCGGUACGGGCGGCUGUCUCGGGACACGCACGAUGCCGGCGGCGCGGCAGCGCGGAGCACGGGUUCUGUGGACGCUGCUCUGGGUGGCCCUGGUGCGCUCCUACAACGUGGAUGUGGGUCGCCCCGUGAUUUUCCGGGGUCCCAACGGCUCCUUCUUUGGGUACUCGGUGCUGCAGCACUACCACGAUAGCACACGGUGGGUCUUGGUUGGUGCUCCCAAGGCAGAAUCUAAAUACAGCACCUCUGUUAAGUCCCCAGGAGCAGUGUUUAAAUGUCGAGUUCAUACCAACCCUGACAGAAGAUGCACAGAACUGGAUAUGGGGAGAGGCAAUUCUCGGGGCAUGCUCUGUGGAAAGACCUGUAAGGAAGACAGAGAUGAUGAGUGGAUGGGUGUGAGCCUAGCUAGACAGCCAAAGGCUGGUGGAAGUGUGCUGGCAUGUGCACACCGCUGGAAAAACAUCUACUAUGAGACAGAGUACAUCUUGCCCCAUGGCUUCUGCAACAUCAUUCCUCCUGACCUGCAGUCCAAAGGGAGGAAGCUGUUGCCCUGCUAUGAAGAGUACAAGAAGAAGUAUGGGGAGGAGCAUGGUUCAUGCCAGGCAGGGAUUGCAGGCUUCUUCACCAAGGAACUGGUCAUCAUGGGGGCACCAGGAUCUUAUUAUUGGACAGGAACUGUCAAAGUACUGAAUCUCACUGACAACACAUACUACAAGCUGAAUGAUGAUGCUGUGAUAGCCAGGAGGUACACAUACCUUGGAUAUGCGGUGACAGCAGGCCAUUUUUCUCAGCCGACUACAACUGACAUUGUAGGAGGAGCUCCCCAGGAUGGAGGCAUUGGAAAGGUUUAUAUUUUCAGAACAGACAGACAAUCUAGCUCUCUAAUAAAGAUUUUUCAGGCUUCAGGAAAAAAGAUGGGCUCUUACUUUGGCUCCUCCUUAUGUGCAGUUGACCUGAAUUCUGAUGGUUUGUCAGACCUGCUGGUUGGAGCACCUUUGUUUUCUGAGAUCAGAGAUGAGGGUCAAGUCACAGUCUAUAUCAACAGAGGAAAUGGAGUGCUGGAAGAGCAGCUCACCCUGGUCGGUGACAGUGCCUAUAAUGCACACUUUGGGGAGAGCAUGGCUGCCCUUGGCGAUAUUGAUGAUGAUGGCUACCCAGAUGUUGCCAUUGGAGCACCUAAGGAAGAUAACUACAUAGGAGCAGUGUACAUUUACCAUGGGGAUGCCAAUGGUAUUAUACCUCAGUACUCUAUGAAGCUGUCUGGACAAACAAUAAACCCAAAGCUGCGUAUGUUUGGCCAGUCCAUAUCAGGGGGAGUUGAUAUGGAUAGCAAUGGUUACCCAGAUAUGACUGUUGGAGCCUUCCUGUCAGACAAUGUGGUACUUCUGAGAUCCAGGCCUGUCAUUACCGUGGAUAUUGCCAUUUUCCUGCCCGUAUCUAUCAAUAUCACAGCUCCUCAGUGCCAUGAUGGUUUGCAGCCGGUGAACUGCCUCAAUGUCACAGCAUGCUUUCGUUUCAGUGGCAAGCAUGUUCCUGGAGAAAUAGGUUUGAAUUAUAACUUGACUGCUGAUGUGGCAAAGAAGGAAAAGAGCCAGCAGCCCAGAGUUUAUUUUGUGACUUCUGGAGAGACAGCAGGGCAGAUUACAGAGAAGUUACAACUGUCAUUCAUGCAGGAAAAGUGUGAGCAUUACCUAGCAUAUGUCAAGAAAAGAGUGAAGGACGUCAUCUCUCCAAUUGUAUUUGAAGCAUCAUACAGCCUUGGGGAACAUGUGAUAGAAAGAGGAAAAGAGGACAAGGAACUAACUGCUCUGAAGCCCAUUCUUCGCUGGAAGAAAGGACAAAAGAUAGCACAAAGGAAUCAGACUGUUUUUGAGAGGAACUGUCAAUCUGAUGACUGUGCUGCUGAUUUGAAACUUCAGGGUAAAUUACUGCUAUCUAGUGUUGAUGACAGAACUGCCUACCUGGCCCUGGGAGCAGUGAGGAACAUCUCACUUAACAUUUUCAUCUCCAACACUGGUGAUGAUGCCUAUGACACCAAUGUUUUCUUCAAUUUUUCUGGAGAGCUCUUCUUCAUCAAAAUGUGGCAAAAGGAGGAGCUGGGCAUUGCUUGUGAAUUACUGGAGUCAGAUUUCCUCAAGUGCAGUGUGGGAUUUCCUUUCAUGAGAUCCAAAUCUAGGUAUGAGUUCAGUGUGAUCUUUGACACAAGCCAUUUGACCGGGCAGGAAGAAACACUUACCUUCCUUGUUACUGCCCAAAGUGGAAACCUAGAACGCACUGAAUGUCUGCAUGAUAAUACUUUAAUCCUGUCUGUGCCCCUGAUGCAUGAGGUGGACUCAUCCAUCAAUGGAGAAGUCUUCCCUACAACAUUUUUCUACGGUGAUUCUGUGGCAGCUUCCAACUUUGUUCAGUUGGAAAACCAUGAAUGCCUUUUCCAGUCUCUCAACUUCACACUGCAGGUUUAUAAUGCUGGACCAAGCACUCUUCCUGGAGCUUUUCUUGAUAUUUCGAUUCCAAACCGCCUCUCUGCCACUGGAGCCGAAAUAUUUCAUAUUCAGCAGAUGAUGGUUGGUCAGGAAAAAGGAAGCUGUUCUUUCCAAAGAAACCACAGCCCCUGUGUUGUUCCUCAAGAAAAUGAAAAUAUUUUCCACACAAUAUUUGCUUUUUUCACGAAGUCUGGCAGAAAAGUAUUGGACUGUGAAAGACCAGGCAGAUCUUGUUUAAUUGUACACUGCAACAUAAGCUCACUACCUAAAGCAGAGUCCUGUGAUAUAAAUAUAUACAUGCUGCUGAAUACCGAGAUACUCAAGAGGGACAGUUCAUCGGUCAUCCAGUUUGUCACAAGGGCAAGGCUACAGGUGGACCAUGACCUCAGAGUUGUGGAAGUGCCCAAUGGGAACCCAGAACAAAAACCAGUGGUCUUUGAGGCCUUGCACAAUCUGGAGCCUCGUGGCUAUGUUGUCGGAUGGAUCAUUGCCAUCAGUUUGUUGGUGGGAAUUCUCAUCUUCCUGUUGCUAGCUGUGCUCUUAUGGAAGAUGGGCUUCUUCCGACGGAGGUACAAAGAAAUUAUUGAGGCUGAAAAGAGCAGAAAGGAGAAUGAAGAUAGUUGGAACUGGGUCCAGAAAAAUCAGUAAACUACCCAUGAAAACAAAACUGCCCAGUCAUGUGACAUGCACUCGCUAGUCUAUAGGUCCUGCUCUCGUAUCUUCCAUAUGUGGAAGAAGGAAUCUUCUCCAGAUUUUUUGGAGACCCCAUUGAUGCUGUGUCUUUAUUACUCCAAAAAGCUAGGGAACAUAUCCUGAGGCAACCACUGCAGCCAUGUCAGGUGACUGGAGCAAUUCACACUUCAUUUAAGAGUUGAACUUUGAACUUUGGUAACCAAGCUGCAGUGCAGAGCAAUAUUUAUGAAUCCAACUAUGUAGUAUGCCCUCAGGGGAAGACUUUGACCUAAGAAUAUUUUUUAUAAUUACAAGCUUUUUAUAUUGAGUAUGUCUUUAUAUUUGUAUCAAUGUUUUAUAAUUUCUAUUGAAUAGUUAUAUAGUUCACUCAAGCACUGAUAUGUGUCUAAAUCUUUGGAAAUACAUACAUACAUAUAUAUAUAUAUAUAUAUAUAUAAAUUCUAUUGUACUUUUAAACAUCAAUGCAAGAGAGAAAAGAGAGAUUUGCAGAUAAAAAUAGCUGGAAUCCUCAUAUGCUUAAUUCACAACACUUGGUAAUAUCUUAUAUAGAUCAUUUAAUACAAAUAAGCCAAAAAUCUUUUUACUAUCUCUUUCUUUAAGUUAAAUUUGGUAUUUGAUUUAUAAGCUACAGAACCUAAAGUGUUUCACAGUUGUGAUACUCUAUAUUUUGAGUCUGUCCUUUACUAGCCUGGAUGGGAGAGGAUAAAAAUAUUUCUUCAGUGACAUUUAGCAAGACGUAGCUUGCUUUGGCUCACUGAAGAAGGCAGCACAGAAUGUUCUCUUUAUGAAGUUUUAUUUUGCAGUCUCUAGGACUGUACAGUUGAGGUACCAGAAGGACAUAAUUGGGCGAACCACUAUGGCAUUGACAAAUUCCUUUAAAUAUUUUUUUAAAGGUAAUUAAGUCAUAUCAAUAUUAAGAUGGAUAGUUUUAAAGCUACUGUUAAAGAUUGUGAUCUGUUGCUAUCAAAGUGAUAAAUUGCUACAUGCUGUGAGCAUUAUGUCUUUCAUGUGAGUUACAUACUUGAGUCAUGAGUUUGUUUAUAUGAUAAUUUUAAGAGAGAUAAGUAGAUGCAAGGAUUAAAAUGUUAGGAUAUUUGAGUCUUGAGAUUGCCUAUCUGGGUGUUCCAAGUACUGAAUGUAUUUCCUCAAGAAUUUAGAAGGAAAUUUAGUAAAGACGCAGGUGUUACUGGAUCUCAGCUUGCCACUUUUAUUGCUGGUAAUUCUUUAACAAAUUGUUUGUUGAAUUAGAAGAAAUCCAGUUGCAAUUCAUUCAAACACGUUUCUUCAAAAAGCUCUUGGAUUUCUGAAUAGAAAUAGUGGAACUUUGUAAGACUUGGGUUUAGAUUCUACUUGAUUUUACACUUUGUGUGAAUAAGGAGCAAAUGUCAUGUUGGUAUAAAACCCAUAUAAAGGAAAGAAGGGCCAUGCUCUGUGGUAGAAAGUGAAACCAGGAUUGAAAGGUUGCAGGAUGUCGUCUUCCUUAAGAGUGUGGUAAAAGAACAGCUGGAAGUUUGGAAACUGGAAUGCAGAGAACAUGCAAGAAAUCUGCUUGAGAACAGGUCUUCCUCUUCCUUGCCAUAUUCAUGAUAGCUUCAAAUUAUAAAAAUGGACCACAUUCAUAUUCCUGUUUGCUUUUUUUAUCACCACCAUCAUCAGGUGUCGGCUAUUACUACAGUAUUCACCGAUAUUUAUUAACUAUUAGCUAUCUGCAUGCAUUAGGGAGAAAAUAGUUUUAAAGUGAAUUAAGUGUACUGAUUCAAGAUCAGACAAGAAAAACUCACAAGUUGCUUGGCUUAUCUGAGAGAGAAAUUAUGCCUGAUGUAAACUCCAAGUCUGUAGACCACUUAAGCAAUCUUUUCAAAGUGGCAAGGACUUCUGCAAGCAUAACAGUAAAAACAGCCCUUUCUAUGCCUAAACACAUGAAUGAUAAUGACCCCACAUACCAAGUCAGUGAUGUGCAGGUAGCCCAAUUUGCUGAAAUCAAUAGAUAUGAAAAAUUUUUCUUUGACAAUAUUUAGUAUCAAUUUUCUUGAAUGUCUUCUGUUUAUGGGCAUAUUUUGGAGUUUUGCACAAGUUUAAAGCAUAGUAUCAAUUUGACAUGGAAAUAUAUAAUACUGCUUUCACUAAAGAAUUAAGAGAAUCACAGAAUUAAUCCUAAGUCUACCCCCUUGCUAGGGUCUCUUGGAUAUAAAUGAAAAUAGAAAUUAGUUCAUUGAAUGUGCAUUGAUUAAACUGGCAUGAGGACUAAUUACUUUUGGAGCUUGGUUUGCAUGCACAGUAGAGUAUCUGCACCAUCGUCCCUUCUUUUUCUUAGAACGUUAUUACUUACAUAUUGUGAAAUUGUAUAUUUCUUUUUGUGAACUUGUGAUAGGAAGAAUGUGUACACUCUUACUGAUGUCACCUGUAUUUAGAAGCUUGUGUUCACCUGUAUUCUGAUUCACUUGCACUGUUAUGGAAAUGUCAGGUUUACAAAAAAUACAACAUUUUGGAAUAAAAAAUGACUGCAAAAUUAUCCUAAUAAUAUUUUGUCAGUUAUUUGCCUUGUCUAGCUCAAGUACUUUUCCAUUAAGUGGGUGAGACAUUUUCUCCUGUAUAUCUGAAUUAAGUACUGUAUGUGUGUGUUUAUCUGUGUGUGGCUAGUAGACAUCUUUUAUUGUAAUUCUAUGAUUUAUAACAUCAAAAUAUUUGGAGACAAAGAGUACAGUUGACUUGGGUAUAGUACUUUAAACCUCUGGAAAUAAAAUAAAAGUAGUGAGAAUUAUUUAUAUUUCAUCAAUCUUGCUUUAUUAACAUCAAAUUAGACCCCAUGUGAUUGUGAUACUGACCUGUGUUAAGAGUAUCAACCUGUAUAACUUGAGUUCUGUUUCAGUGUAUGAAUUUGAUGGAAGUUGAAUUUUUCAGCUUCAUGUGAUUUUCCGGGAAGGAUUUAUAGUCA